UUACAGCUGAUUUGCAACCCGCCGAAGCUACAGCAGAGAAGGAGAAAAAAUGUCGCUGGCUUCGACGCGGACCGUUCUAGGAUCAGUGUCCUUUUAGGAAAAAUCAGACGUCACGGCAAUUCGAAUGAACCCUCUGCUGUGAGAGAUUAAAAGCUUCAUGAAACUGUACAAAGAAAGUGAAAUGUUCGACCAGUAGUAAUGUGGGAGGAUUUACCUUGACUAUAGAGAGAGUCAGCUCCUUUUGUUCUAAACAUAACCAUUUAAGAACAGAGGAGUAUAGUGUAACACUGCAUGGGCCUCUAAGGUAACGUGAUCUGAUAACUGAAGCCUUUGGAGCCUCCGUCCUCAGACAGAAAGGUGACAAUGGACCCAUCUACUAGGGUGGUGGGUCUGGAUGCCCAGGGGAACAUGGUUUUCACAGUGGUGAAACCAGUAAUGGGCAUCUUUCAGGUGUCUUCUGAGCAAACAGGUAGUGUUGCACAAGGGAGCAUGGGGCUACAGGGCCUACCUGAAAACACAUUGAUCCUUCCUCAAGUGCAAGGCCAAGCUCUGGACCAAGACCAGAUGGAAAUGCACACCAUACAACCUCACAUUCAGAUGCCCCAGAUGCAGGUUUCUGCCCCAAUCCAGACUGAGGUUGUGUCGCAGAAUCAGGACCCACCACCAAACUCAAGCACAAAUUCAGAGUCCGCUACCCACAUGCCUUUUGCAGAGGUGUCGUCACUCCUGGAUCCCAACAUGAAAGGAUCUAAGGCUCGAAAGUACCUCAUCUCGUAUGAUGAAAUCAAGCGGCGCCUGGAGGCCCCGGAGAAGAUGUCGCUGCGCUCCCUGGCAGCCUACACUCGGGUCAGCAGAGGCCCGGCCAGCAAGAAAACACUUCUGGAGUCACUCAAUGUACUCAGCCUCACACCAAGCACAACUACCUCCGUGUCCUCCUCAUUCUCCAAACUCACUGAAGGCGACACCAGAGCUUUGUGUGAUGAUAUGAAGGACUUUUCCCACGACUACAUUGACUACAGCAACAUGGCUAAACAGCUCAUCCCCGAGACUAACACAGUCCAACACUGGUCCAAAAUGAUUGAAACUAGGAACCACCUGGAGGAUAUGAGAAAAUGUUUCAAGGACCCGGUCAACAGCGGUGCGUUUGACAACGUGACUCACGGUCUGGGUCUGGGAAUUUUGGACGUUGCACUGGACAUGAUCAUUAUGGUAAUCAAGCAUCAGAUUCGGAUCCUGUCUGGCGCUGCGGCAUCAGACCCGGCUGACUCUGGUCCUCCAAUGAGGCGCAUCCGCAGGCGCCUCCGCAAAACUCGCUCGAAUGACAACGAAAACCCUCACAAAGUGUCUGGAGGGGUCAAAGAGCAAGGGAAGGCCAUUUCAAAGGGUAAGGGGCGAGGCAGAGCCAGGAAGAAGACAAGGCAGGACACUGGAGCAGCUGUUCCAAUGGAAGCCCAAGCAGAGCAGUGCAAGCCAGACGAUGUGGAGAAUAAUGUCCUGACCCUGGUGUCUGUUGGAUAUGAGACGGUUUCCACUGGUCUCAAUGCAACAGGAACUGUUUAACACCUGCUCACAAGAACCAUUUAUCAUUUCAGCAAUGGAACAUCAGCUCUGCACAAGUUUAGCUCCUGUGAAGGAUAUCAGUUUCACACACUGAGCUCAGCAUUGGAUAACGUCCCAUCUUUAAGUCAAACUUCAAGGAAUAGUUGGACAUUUUGGGAAGUACAUGCAUUAGCUUUCUUGACGAGAUUGAUACUGGGGCUGAACACUUAAUCUGAAUUAAAUCGAAAUAGCAAUAUGGACUAGUGCGAUUUCCAAAUCCCAGGAGGCACAAUAAGUGUAAAGGCAACAUAUGUGUCAAAAUAGCCUUCUGAUCAGAAUCCGGCCUACAAAUCUUAUUCCAAAGAAUUUAAAAUUUAAAAUCUUAGUUUGGUACAGAUCCUCAAAAAUCACACCAUAAUCAUUUUCAUUACAUUUUUCAAUUAAAAUAAGAAUGAUGCAAAAAAGAUAAUUCCCUCGGAGAUCGUGAAUCAAAUCACAAUAUCAGUCAAAGUUGUCAUCUCUAACUGAUACCGCUCCAUACUGUAAAUAUGUAACUGGAGUUUGAGUUUUGUACAGAUUUAACUGACAAGAUAUAAUGCGUUAAUUGGUGGGUUAGACGUUCUGGAAGGCUGAUUUUGUUGCCUUCAGACAGAUCCAAGCUAACUGUUUCUCCCUGUUUCCAGUCUAUAUGCUAAGCUAAGCUAACUGCUGCCACAUAUUGGUAUAAGGUAUCCAUCUUCACGUCUAACUCUUUGCAAGAAAGCUAUAAAGCAGAUUUUCCAAAAUGCCACACUAUUCCUUUGAGUGAAUAAUCUUGUUUCUUUUGUAGCAGGUUUGUAGACGUAUGUGUGUAGUCUAACUGAAUCCAAUUAUGUACAAUUUUUUAUGCUAUGUUUUCAGUGAACAGACAAAAGUCCCCUUGUAUGUAAAUAUGUUGAACAUUGUCCAUGCGCAGAUGUAUAGCCCAUAAUGUAGAGCAGCUGAUAUCAGCGGUCUAAUCUGGAUUAUAUUUUUUGCUGGUGGUACAAUGUCUCUCGUUUCCCUGUUGUAUUUAUUGCUUAGUUUUCCAAUCAAACAUCUAUCGUUCUGUACUAGAUUGUUGAAAAAAACUACUUUACUGGAAUCUCAAGAUGAGAGUAAAAUAUAAAAAUUCCAUUUUAUAACUACUUUAAUUCUGUUAUGGUCUUGUGAUAGAUUAAGUGGAGCAAGUUGUGCCUAAAUGUGUAGAUCAUUGAGUUAAAAGAGAGAAUGGCUCCAUGUAUUUAAUUUUGGCUUUAAGUGACAUUGUAACAUUUGUAUAAUCACAGAGCGAAGUAAGGACACCCAGAGGUCAGGGGUUGGAUAGUGAAAUCAAAUGGAGACAUCGGGUUGAAGCAUUGCCGUCAAACUCUGUUCAACAUUUUGCAUUUUGGGGAACAAGCCAUCUAAUAAUACACUUGUGAACAAAAACA